AUGGUGAAUCCUCUUAAAAGGAUUCAAAAAUUGGCAAUCGACCUAACUCUAGUUGUCUGGAGUCGCCUUACUUUCACCUUUCCAUCAAUCGAAGAGACAAAUCAAGUGCUUCAACCCUUCAUUGACUCUUUGAGGAAGACUUCGAGUGCAAAUGUUCCCACUUCUGAAAACAUUGUGGCUGAUCCUCCUCUAAAUGAUCUUGUUGCCAAAGUAGUUUUUUCCAAUUCCACAAUUGCUUCGGAUAAUCCCCCUACAUUUACCAGUGCAAAAGUUCCUAAGCCUAAUGGCAAAUAUGAUCUUUCUGAUGAGAUCAUGUUUGAAGAUGACAACACUAUUGUCAGUGUUAUUCUAAUUCCCACUACCUUUAACCUAAUGCAGAAACCUUCCUCAUCAAAACCAUGUUUUGAUUUUUAUCUCUCCUCAUCCUCCGAGGAAUCUGAAGAAUAA